ACUAAGCCAAAAAGCCACAAGGCCAUGGGAGAUGGCGAGUGGAUGGCCAGGUUGAGGACUUUUGCCCGCUGUUGGGUUUGGCCUUCUGGAGAAGGCAAAAGACCAGCCCCAAGGCAACGGAAGUGGUAUGACCUCUACCAGAAGAUUGAGAAAUGCCCCAUGCAGGCCCAUGGGCAGACCACCCUCUUUGGAGGCUCCAUGGCCUGCAGUUGUGGAUUCCACACCAAUAAGUGGUUGUAUUAGCAGUCUGCCACUGCCACUCACUCUUCUGCUGCACCUCCUGCUGCUUCCGAUACGGCUCCUGAAACUGCUGCUUCUGCCCCACCCUCAUUCCUGAGGCCUCCUCUAAAUUUGACUAUGUUCAAUAAGUUUGGCGGGUCCAAGUCAACUUUGCUAAAACCCAACUUAGUGGAUCGGAGGACCCCCAGCCCCUCUCCUCCACCCUCUGCAUCCUCUCCUUCUCUUCCCAGUCCCUCUCCUCCAUUCUCUGAAGGAAUGGCUAGACCUUCUCCUCCCAGCCCCUCUCCUCCUUCCUCUGUGAGGACUCAAUCUAUGGCCUCUGUGAGGACUGCCGCCACCCCUCUAUCCUCUGUCAGGACCUCCACCCCUUCCUUGUCUUCUGUGAAGACCCCCAGUCCCUCUCCGCCAUCCUCUGAAGAAAUAGCUAGGCCUUCUCCUCCCAGCCGCUGUCCCCCUCCAUCCUUUGUGAUGACCCCCAGCCCAUCUUCAUCCUCUGAGGAGCCUGGAGGAGUCCAGCCAGCCACUGCUGGGGGCCCAGCUCCUUUCUGGCUGCCAGGUGAAAGGCCCAAGACCAUCCCUGUGCAGGACCAGAGGUGGAUUGCCAGCACUAUUUUCCACGCUAGCAAGCUGCGGCCAGAUUUGAAGCUGUGGUACGAGCCGCCUGUCCCAGCUCUUAUUUACCACCAGACACCUACACCUGACCGGUUCUUCACCCAUCGGUUGAUGGCAUGGAUGCCCUACCACCUGUGGAAGGUGAAUGUUUUCUGUCCAGCUUGUGGCAAGAACCUGACAGGCUAUGGUGUCCACAAAAGAGCUCAGAAGGUCCUGGACAUAGACAGGUACUACGUGAUGGUGACCGAGACACUCAGGUGCACUGUGUGUUCUCUGAACUAUCUGUCUACGAGUCAGACUGUCCGGGACCAGCUUGACCUGCCGCACCAGAAAAUGUUCCGGCUGAUCCUGACCCGCAAGCUGCUUCGGGACUGGACACCGGCCCAGCUCAUUUGUUGCGGCAGUUGAAAGAGAACCAUGGGGAGGAAUGGCUAAAUCGGUUGGCACACUAUCUUGGGGAGUGUGCUGCCUUUGUCUAUCGACCCAGCCUUUCUCCAGUGGACUGCCAGGAGCCUCCAGAGCCAGUUGACAUCCCCACCAGUCGUUGGCUGCUGUCAGUGUAUGGCAGGGAUAUCCUCUCCAGAAUUGGACACAUAAAGGCCAGCAUCACAUCCAUCUAUGGCAAAAUCUUAAAGAUGGAUUCCACAAAAAAGAUCACAAAGAAGCUGGCUGGCCAUGGAAGGGGGACAGCACUCUGGUUAACCUCCAUUGGAAAUGAGGUUGGCCAGAAAGUGACCAGUGUGCUGUCAGUGCAAGAGGGGCCGGGACUGGACAGGAUGGUGACUGGUGAUAUGGAGCAGUACCGACAGGCUGCCAUUCCACCGCCGGUGCUGCUUUAUGUGGACUGUGGCUGCUGUGUGAGUGAGGGAGUAGCAAGCAAGCUGCAGACCAGGUUCGGCAAGUGGCCAGACCUUCAGAUACGGCUGGACAUCUGGCACUUCAUGAGGAGGAUGGCCGUGGGCUGCACCACCGAUGCCCAUCCCCUCUACCCCACCUUCAUGGGAUGCCUGUCUGCCUGCAUCUUUGAGUGGGAUGCUGGAGACCUCAGCCUGUUGCGGCAGGCAAAGAGGAAACAGCUGAUGCAGGAGGGUGUGCCAGCUCUUACUGACAUCCUGGUGGACAGGAGCAACAGUAAAAAGGAGCUGAGUCUUUACUGCCGCAGGAGGACACGAGGUGAGGAGGCCACCAUCCGCCUCAUUGAGAGGCUGCUGCAGGAGCUGGGGGGUGCAAAUGGGAGGGGCCUUAUGGGUGUCCAACUGCUGGAAGAGGUGCGCAUGGAGCACAUCUGGCGUGUGCAGAAACGCCAUGUCAGGUGCAUCCAGGAUGUGCCGGGUGUGCCUCUCUACACUGAGGUAGGCACCACCACAAAGGCAGGGGUCACUCUGACCAGGUAUCGGUGUGCCAGAGGGUCCACAUCCCUGGAGUCUUUUCACUGCCACCUGAACAGGUUCAUUCCAGGAACCAGUGCAAAUGCACUGAAUUUUCAGCUGUACCUGCUAGAAGGCUUGAAUAGGUGGAAUCAGGAUCGGGCGGCUGCAUCAGUGACCAGCAAAACCAGCAUCCCUUCUCACCUACUCCGGGGAUAUGGCCCACUGCGUCAACACCAACAGCCUGAAGGUGUUUGGGUCGGCCUUUUUGUGCCAACUUUCAGGCCCACCUGCUGA